AGUCACGAGGAGUUCUUUACAAAUUCUUAAAGGGCCAGAGGUAUCUUGUUGCCAUCGGUUGUGACCAUAUAUGGGAUCUGGGUUUCUGGAACUAUUUGAUAAGAUCUUUUCGAGAUGACGGAAAUGGAAGGAAGAAUAUGCUCGCUACACGGGGUGCAGGAAAUUUGUUUCAAAUUGCCUGAUAUCAGAUGUCCUCCAAGAGCUGAUACGAUAGUAGUUGAGGAUGAUACUGUGGUAACGUUGCAAUUUGGAAGUUCAUCGAUAUCAGAUCCCGAGGAAGAAACGGUGGUGGGAUUUGAUGAAAUGACGAUGAGGAUUGUGGGUCAGCUUAUUCUAAGAGGAGCAGGAUCGGGAUCUGAUGAAAUGCCGGGGGAGAUUGUGGAUCGUCUUAUUCGAGAAGGAGAACGAUGGAAGUCGGACCACUUGCAACUACAAUGGAAGGAGUGGAUGACGAAGUUGCACGACUUGCAACUAAGGCACGUCCCAAUUUCUUCUUUGGCAACCUGGUGGAAUUGGAUAUAUGGUGUCUUUGGCAAUGAACUACCAGCUGCCUUGAAAGAUCUCCCAUUGGAUCAUCAUCUUUCUUCAAAUAAUGUCAGAAAAGAUGUUGCAGACGCAGAUGGUUAUCAUCCCCGUUUGAUUGAUCCGGAACCAGGAUACAGGAGACUAAUUAAUGGAUUUCUAGGAUUCUUUAAGAGCCCAAAAGUUUCUGUUGAUACUGCAAUAUUCUGA